AUGACUCCCCCUCUAGAACCCUCAUCACCGCUCGACGGCGGCAUCAGAAAACGAGUAUGCAAGGCCUGUGAUCGAUGUCGCCUAAAGAAAUCCAAGUGCGACGGGGCAAGCCCUUGUAGUCGGUGCAAAGCAGACAACGCUAUCUGUGUGUUUGGAGAACGGAAGAAGUCCCAUGACAAGGUCUAUCCCAAAGGAUAUGUUGAGAUGCUAGAAAGCCAACAAGCUCAACUUGUAUCCGGCCUACAAGAACUCUACAAGCGCGUCCAGAAUGGCCAAGGCUGGACUGGCAAUCCUCUAAAAGAAAACACCCACGGACAGCCCUUGACGCACGACAUCCUGGAAAGAUUGGGAGCGUUGAAACAAGAAGGCCAUGCAACCAACGAUUCCUUUGAAGAAGACCUCAGUCUGUUACAACAGAAACUCAUCGCAGACGGUGCUGGCUUCAUGCAACGAGCCCCGUCACACGAUUCACACUCGGAAAGCAGUGCGCCGUCCCCAAUCUAUGAGCCUGUUGCUCAGCGACCUAAUUUCUCCAACCCCUUCUCGCUUAACCAAUUCCCUCCAACACCUCCCAAUCAGAGUCCAUACCCUCAGAAUGCGCGGACGGUACCUUCAAUGAAGUCACAGACAUACCCACAUGCCGCUCUCAACCACUCGAAUCUCAACUGGCAAACUCCUAUCUCCGAGUUUGACGACAGCAUGGACUUUGCGAACCAAUUCGACUCUCCCAUGAUGGACUCGACUCUAGACCUGUCUUCAUUUUCCGUGAAUAUGUUCCAAGAUCAGAUGGUCCCCACUGCAAUCAAUCCUUGUCUAACGAUGAAGGAUUGGGCAGGUCAAGAAGAUUUCCAGCGGUAUUUCAAUCCGGCUGCCAUGAUCUAA